AUCCAUGGAGCAAAGAAAGAACCUUAGAUUGUUGCUUAUCCCUUUGCCACUCCAAGGGCACAUAAACCCAAUGCUUCAGCUUGCACACAUCCUUCACUCUAAUGGUUUUUCCAUAACCAUAAUCCACACAACUUUCAAUUCCCUUAACCCUUCAAACUACCCCUACUUCAGCUUUUGUUGCAUCCAAGAUGGUUUGUCUCAGACAGAAUCCUCUUCUUCCAAUCUCUUGGACUUCAUCAUUGCACUCAACAUUAAAUGUGUAACACCUUUCAAGGAGUGCUUGACAAAGCUACUUUGUGAUUUAUCUGUUGAUGAGGAACCUAUUGCAUGUUUGAUAUCAGAUGCUUUGUGUUACUUCACUCAAGCCAUUGCCAACACCCUUAAGCUCCCAAGGAUUGUGUUGAGAACUGGUGGUGUGUCAUCCUUUGUUGCUUUUGCUGCCUUUCCAUUAUUGAGAGAAAAAGGUUACAUACCUAUUCAAGAAUCUAAAUUGGAGGAGGCAUUGGAAGAGCUACCACCAUUGAGAGUGAAAGACUUACCUAUGAUUAACACAAAGGAGCCAGAGAAGUACUAUGAAUUGUUAUGCAAAUUGGUCAACGAAACCAAAGCCUCAAUGGGAGUGAUUUGGAACUCUUUUGAAGAAUUAGAAUCAUCAGCUCUGGCAACACUGAGCCAAGAAUUUUCCAUCCCAAUGUUCCCAAUAGGCCCAUUUCACGAGUACUUUCCUACUACCUCUUCUUCUAGCAGCUUAAUAUCACAAGACCGAAGUUGUAUUUCUUGGUUAGACAAACACAAACCCAACUCUGUGAUCUAUGUGAGUUUUGGGAGUAUUGUUGCAAUAAAUGAGAGAGAGUUCUUAGAGAUAGCUUGGGGCUUAGCCAAUAGCAAGCACCCAUUUUUGUGGGUCGUUAGACGAGGACUGAUCAGUGGCUCGGAAUGGCUUGAGCCAUUGCCAAGUGGGUUCAUGGAGAAUUUGGAGGGUAGAGGCCACAUAGUGAAAUGGGCCCCUCAGCAAGAAGUGUUGGCCCACCAAGCAAUAGGUGCAUUUUGGACUCACAACGGUUGGAAUUCAACGUUAGAAAGUAUUUGUGAAGGGGUUCCUAUGAUAUGCAUGCCAUGUCUCACAGAUCAAAAGGUGAAUGCUAGGUAUGUGAGCCAUGUUUGGAGGGUUGGCUUACAAUUAGAGAAAGGAGUGGAGAGAGGGGAAGUAGAGAAGACCAUAAGAAGAUUGAUGAAAGCCAAUGUUGAAGAGAAGGAGAUGAGAGAUAGAGCCUCAAAAUUGAAGGAAGUGGCAAAACUUUGCAUGAAACAAGGGGGUUCCUCUUACUCUUCUUUGGAAGCCUUGGUUACUUACAUUUCGUCGUUGGAAUCAGUUGCAAUUGAAGCUCACAGAGCUUAACAGUUUGAAUCUCUCAACUCCCCAACUGUGUUCCAUGAAAAGGUAUUG